GCUUCCGUACAGCUGCAAACAAUAUGGCGAAGGCCGGCGAGAAAAGUGGCGGUGGGAGCAAGGGAAGCUUGAAGAGGAAAGCCGCCGCUGAAGAGCCUCAAGAGGCUGCGGUCGCGAGUGAUGGGACGGCGGAGAGCGGGGUGCAGCCCGCGAAAGCGGCUGCCUUCCCCCCGGGCUUCAGUAUCUCGGAGAUUAAGAACAAACAGCGGCGACACUUGAUGUUCACGCGGUGGAAACAGCAGCAGCGGAAGGAAAAGUUGGCAGCUAAGAAAAAACUUAAAAAGGAGAGAGAGGCUCUUGGUGAUAAGGCUCCACCAAAGCCUGUACCGAAGACCAUUGACAACCAGCGCGUUUACGAUGAGACCACAGUGGACCCCAAUGAUGAAGAGGUGGCUUAUGAUGAAGGUACAGAUGAAUUUGCUUCUUACUUCAACAGACAGACGUCUCCUAAGAUUCUUAUCACAACAUCAGAUAGACCUCAUGGGAGAACAGUUCGACUCUGUGAGCAGCUCUCAACAGUUAUACCAGAUUCACAUGUUUAUUACAGAAGAGGACUGGCUCUGAAAAAAAUUAUCCCACAGUGCAUUGCAAGAGAUUUCACAGACCUGAUCGUUAUUAAUGAAGAUCGUAAAACACCGAAUGGACUUAUUUUGAGUCAUUUGCCAAAUGGUCCAACUGCUCAUUUUAAAAUGAGUAGUGUUCGUCUUCGUAAAGAAAUUAAGCGACGGGGCAAAGACCCCACAGAACAUGUACCUGAGAUAAUUCUGAAUAACUUUACCACACGGCUAGGUCAUUCUAUUGGACGUAUGUUUGCUUCUCUCUUUCCUCAUAAUCCUCAAUUUAUUGGACGACAAGUUGCCACAUUCCACAAUCAGCGGGAUUACAUCUUCUUCAGGUUUCACAGAUACAUAUUCAAGAGUGAAAAGAAAGUGGGAAUUCAGGAACUUGGACCACGUUUUACCUUAAAAUUACGAUCUCUUCAGAAGGGAACCUUUGAUUCUAAAUAUGGAGAGUAUGAAUGGGUCCAUAAGCCACGGGAAAUGGAUACAAGUCGAAGAAAAUUCCAUUUAUAAAGGACUAGGGGAGUAGUACUGAAUUCUGCUCGACAGGCCUGUCUUGAAAAACUUGGUAAUUUAAUGAAACACCCUUUUUAAAAUGGUAUUUUAUAAAUCUUGUAUUUGAACAAAUGGCCAAGUGCUGUGAAUUUCCACUCCAUAUAGUAAAUAUAAAUAAAUAUAAUUUUAUCUAGGUCUGAAAA